GAGAGAGAGAGAGAGAGAGAGAGAGAGAGAGAGAGAGAGGAGAGAGAGAGACAGAGGCAGAGGCAGAGAGAGAGAGAGAGAGAGAGAGAGAGAGAGAGAGGGAGAGAGAGAGAGGAGUAGAGGAACAUGACAUAGUAAGGAUAGCAGAGCACAAAAGAGUGUAAGAAGUGGGCCAGUCCAGCGACCACUGGGCAUGUUGGCGUCUGUGUUUUAGUGUGUCUGGGGGUGUGCACGUGCGCAUGUUGUUUCUUUGAGUGGUACGUGGGCAAGGAAUGAUAGUGCAAAGUGUACAUAGGAGCACUUCUCAGAGCCCUUAGGACUGUCGACAUGAGCAGAGCCACCUUCUUCGAGGUUGAGGUCCUUGAUGCAAAGACAAGAAAGCAGAUUUGUUUCCUAGAUAAGACUCCCCCACAGUGUAGCUCAUUAAGCAAACGCUACAUAACAAGGUUAUUGAACCUGUCCGUCUUCCCCCUUCCCCGCUCAGGGUGGAUGGACGUAACAAGCGUGCAUGUUAUGUUUCUCAAAGGUGGAGCCCUACUCCACAAUAGCAGACAUCAAGAGUCUUGUUCACAAAUCCUAUCCCCAGUGGUAUCCAGCCCGUCAGGCCCUGAAGCUGGACCCCAAGGCAAAGGCCCUGAGGGACGAGGAGGUGCUGCAGAGCCUCCCCGUGGGGACCACCGCCACCAUGUACUUCAGAGACCUGGGCCCCCAGCUGGGCUGGACCAUGGUGUUUCUGGCAGAGUACAUGGGCCCUCUCUUCACCUACCUGAUGUUCUACUUCCGCCUGCCCUUCAUCUACCCCCACAGAUACGCCUUCACCUCCAGCCCGCUGACCGUCACCACACUGGCGUGUGCGUGUCACACGGGUCACUACAUGAAGAGGUUGGUGGAGACUAUCUUUGUGCACCGGUUCUCCCACGGGACCAUGCCACUGAGGACUAUCAUCAGGAAUUGUGUAUAUUAUUGGGGAUUCUCGGCUUGGUUGGCCUACUACAUUAACCAUCCACUCUACACACCCCCAUAUUAUGGAGAUCUACAGAUCAAUUCUGCAUGUGCUCUUUUUGUGCUGUGUGAGGUGGGAAACUUCUCCAUUCACUUGACGCUGAACAGCCUCAAAGGAGAAGGUAUGGGACCGAUAUACACUUUAGUGCUGCUCCAGUCUACAUACAGGAAAUUGAAUAGUUAUAAAUACAUAAUCAACACUCCCUGGGAUAAUAAAUUAGCCUUUGAAUGGAUCAUUAAAUAUUAUUAUAUAUGUCAAAGUGAUCUGUUUGUUCAUCUACGUCUCUAUGUUUCCGCUUCCCAGGAACCAAGGUCAGGAACUUCCCCACUCCGACCAGAAACCCCUUCACUUGGUUGUUCUUCUUCGUUUCAUGUCCAAACUACACCUACGAGGUGGGCGCUUGGCUUGGUUUCUCCAUCAUGACCCAGUGUCUCCCAGUGGCCUUGUACACACUGCUGAGCUUCAUCCAGAUGAGCGUCUGGGCCAGGGGGAAGCACAGGGCGUACACCCGAGAGUUCAAGGCCUACCCGGGCCUACGUAUGGCCAUCGUCCCCCUGGUGCUCUGACGGCCUGUGG